UGUCCCACCAUGUUUUUUGUUCCCAGCUGAAGAAAUUGGGUGGGAUGGUUGUGUUUAAAAUGGAUUGUGUCACUUUGAGUUUUUAAGUUGUCUUGUCUUUGCUGCGACUUCAUACAAAUUAGACAUACCAGAUCUUUGGUGUUAGCGGGAUGGCUGCUUCAUCUGGCUUGAAUCCAAAAUGUUCCCACAUCGCCGUGGUGGAAUUAGGGAUUAGACCUAAUUCCAUUUAUGCCGCUCAAUUUUCUGUCACUGCAACGGCCGCCUCACCGUCAGAAAACCUAGCUUCGUGUACGCUAGCACCCGCAUUUCGUACGCACGCGCGCACACACACACCUUCACGCGUGCAAACACCCAGACGCACACGCACAGGGCCAAUCAGACAGAGGGUCCCCGCUCUUCACUAUCUCUGAUUGGUUUAGAGACCACGUUGAAACCCAGCGUGUGUCUGCUUUCAAAUUUUUUCUUACUCAAAUGACUGGGCAGCUUAAUGCACCCUAUGUCCCCCCCUUUCUGUUUCAUUUGCUUCUUUGUUUUGUGGCAGGCAUUGGCCUAUUGGCCAACCGGGAAUAUUCCUGGUUUCCAUGUACGCCAGUCCACCCUUGGCCUCCCCGGAUGAUUUAGGACACACUGUCUAUAGGCUCUAUUUUCGUAGACGCUGCAUCUGCAGCAGGCUGCAAUUUCUGUCGUAUCUUGAUUUUCGUGCAAACGCAAGGCUCACUGCGUCUUUGCCAAUUUGGCAGACCAGUCUAUGCCAAACUGGGCGUUUCAGCGCAGUGAGGGUGUAUCCUUUGACAUGGGCCCAAUGAAGUGAUAAUUUGGUGGCAGAAAGUCGGUCUCAAUUUACGCCCGCUGGGACGAUGUCUAAGUCUGGCCCAGUAGGUUGAGCGCUGGUCUCAUGCGAUUUUCGUCAAUUUGUGUGGUGGAUGUCAAAUGAACAGCAGACAUUGAACCCUUGGAAUCACUGUAGAAAUCGAUUAAUUAAAUGCAUUAUUAUUAUUAUAUUUAUAUCAAAACAUCACACUAGCCGGCAUGCAAGUAUGGGGAUGGCAUACAAACAACCAGGGUUGGGGAUGGAUGCAUGAGAUCUGCAGCCAUAUUUAACUUACCAGCAGUUAACACCCGGCCAUUCUGUAUUUAAUAAGGGUACCACGCUCAUGUUGGCUCUCUGUUGGCUUAUGGACCAAGAGCAGUGACAAUGCUCCAGUCACGGAUGGAUUGCUCCGUCCUCUUCUGUACAGCGAUGCGUCCAUGCGAGACUGUCAUUGCGCUGCAUUUAAAGGGAAUGAGUGGAGCCGCUUUGAGUGACAGUGAAUGAAGUUGGCUGUGUUCAAUCCCACAGCGGAGCAAACCGCCCUUUUUUAAAUAUGCCGGGGUGCGCUGGUCUAUGAAAUUACGAAAACCUGAUCUAACCUGCGCCCACGCAGAUUUACGUCGCCCGCCGCACCGUAUUUACGCCGGUCACGGAAAUAGAACCCUUGGUCCCCUGGCUGUCCUGUGAACAACUCAGGAUCCUCCCGGAACAUCUGGAUGAAGUGGCUGGGGAGAGGAAAGUCUGGGCUUCCGCUGUCAGCGACACACCAAUAAUAAGUCCGCAACCCACUUUUGGGUCCCGAUCCACCAGUUGAGAAUCACUGGUCUAAAACAGUUCAUAUGCCUAUUAUUUGGGCAAAUCCCCCUGGACCUAUUCCCUGCACUCUGUAGGAAAUGAGAAUAUUGCUUACAUUGGACCACUCUUUGCAUUUUCGCUAGUCUUUCUUCUUUUUUGUUUUUUAAAUUGUCGCAAGAGGGGCCUGAAAAGUCACAAAAUUUUGCGAAAAUGUGUUAAGAUGGAAAUAUUGUAGUCACAAGUCGUUGCUCUUGCUCGCUUGUACCGUCGACACAAUGUCAAAAUAAAAGCACACCAUUCGAAGUAAAAACAGAGCAUAUUUUACAUUUAAUUUUGACUUCAUGAACACUGCUAGGUGCAGUCAGAGACUCUGGCCCAAUGUGGCCUGCAGGUUGUGGUUUUGCCAACGUCUAAAUUAGGUGAUUUAAUAGUCAACCUGAUUAACAUACAGUAUACUGACUAACAUCAAGUAACCAGCUGAAGGUCUGAUGCUCUAUUUUAAUAUUGUUUUAGUUGACCAUGAUCCAAAAAAGUUUUUUUCUGGUUUGGAAAUAACAGGUAUCUCCCAGAAGUUAAUAAGACGAUGUACAAGAGUCAUCAUUGUGUAAAAUUUUUUUUUAUCAGCUUUUAUAUACAUUUGAAGUAAAAGUGACAUGUACAGAAUUAUCAAUACCGUUCUCUAUCGGCUAUUACAGCAAUCAAACACUUCCUAUAAUUGCUGAAUAGGUUUUUGCAUGUAUCCACUAAUAGUUUUGCCAAUUCAUCUUUAGCAAGGAGCUCCAACACUUUCAUGUUGCAGGGUCUCCUCGCCAUCACCCUGAUCUUUAGCUCCCUCCACAGAUUAUCAAUUGGAUUCCAGUCAGGAUUCUGGCUGGGCCACUGAAAAAAAAAAAAAGUUUUGUCCACUAACCAUUUCUUCACCACUUUUGCAAUGUGUUUUGGGUUGCUGUUGUGCUGAAAUGUCCACUGGUGCGCAAAGCCAAGUUUCUCUGCAGACUGCCUGAUGUUGUUGAGAAUCUUCAAGUAUUGCUUUUUUUCCUGGUGCCGUUCUCUGUGAUUAGGUUUCCCGGUCAACUGGUUGAAAAACACCCCCAAAGAUUACGGUUCCCACCACCAGUGACUGUGACAGUGGGGAGGCUGUUCUUAGGGUUUAAGGCGUCCCCUUUUUUACGUUGAAUAAAGGAUACAUCACUGUGGUCAAACAAUUCAAUUUUUGUUUCGUCUGACCAUAAAACAGGAGACCAGAAAUCUUACUCUUAGUCUGCCUUGAGACAUUGCCACCAGCCUAGCCCAGAUUCACCAAGUGGUGAUGCUUGGAUUAUGUUUCAUCUCCCUCACUAUCGUCCUGGCCAGCACAGGUGUCACUUUUGUUUUACAACCACGUCCCCUUGUAAGGGUUCCCUUAUGUCAGGGGUGUCAAACUCAAAUUCACGGUGGGCCAAAAUAAAAAAUUGGGACAACGUCGCGGGCCAAACUCAAUAUUUAAUGAAAAAUCACUGAGAUGCGCAUGUUUCCCUUUUCUGCAGAAAUGUAGCGUUAAAGUUAAUCAUUGACAACAAAGUAAAAUUUUGCUUAAACACUAAAUCGGGAAUAAACAAUCUUUAACAUUAUAAACAAGUUAAAUCAAAUUUGCGUUAAAAUACAUCAGUGGUAUUUAUUUGUUGUUUUGUAUUUAAAUAGAUAACAUGAAUUCUUCUGUCUGUCUAUCUUCUAUUUAUCUAUCUCCAACUACCUUUCUUUUUGAUGUAAAUCUUUUUUCAAAGGCCAACAACAAAACAACCCAAAAAAUAAGAAUGUCCUUCAAUAAAAAUCUAAACCUCAAACUAUUAAUGGUCCCUGCCUAGGAGUUGAUAAAGGUCAUUAAAAAAAAAAAUUCAAUUAUGUUAUAUUCUUUGUAAUAGCCACAUUUGCUCUGCACACGACAAACAGGUCUGUCUUUUAAUCUGCCUCCCACCUGUCUUGGAAUUUAACAGUUUUCCAUCUUUCAUUUGGCCAUUUUUGAGAAUGGGAAGUGUAAAUUUGCUUGAGGAGACUGGUAGCAUAGGUGCUAAUGACUGGAACAGAAAGGGAAGGGGCGCUCGCCGGUCUAGACGGAUGUGCCAACACACUAGCAAAGUAUUCUGGGAUUUAUAAUAUUAGUGGCGCAUGUGCUAUAUACUGGCGGGCCAGCUCUAAUACACAUUUAAUAUGGUCUUGCAGGCCAAAUAUAAUUGCAUUCAUUUGCAAAUUUGGCCCCCGGGCCUGAGUUUGACAUAUAUGCCUUAUAUGAUUGAUUAAAUACCUAAUAAUAACACAACAUUGCUUAUAUUUACUGUAUGUAAGCUUGCUUUUAUUUAUAUAAGCAGUUUGUUUUUGCUCGUCACCUCAGUAUGUUGUACGUCAAAUCUUUUAAUAAUGUUCAAUAUGUGCAUGCUUCUGGUAGAGGAAUGGACCAUUAGGACCUGUGACUCUCCUGUAAAAGCUUUCUCAAAAAUUUUACGAUAAACGCCAACAUUUAACUACAGUAUUGUAUAUGAUGUGCUGUAGGUGUGACAGACGAAUUUAAGGUGGACGUGGGACUCCAUCAGGGAUCAGCCCUGAGCCCCUUCCUUUUUGCAGUGGUGAUGGAUAGGCUGACAGAUGAGGUUAGACUGGAAUCCCAGUGGACCAUGAUGUUUGCAGAUGACAUUGUGAUCUGCAGUGAAAGCAGGGAACAGCUGGAGGAACAGUUAGAAAGAUGGAGGCAUGCACUGGAAAGAAGAGGAAUGAAGAUUAGCCGAAGUAAAACAGAAUAUAUGUGCAUGAAUGAGAGAUGUUGAGGUUCACUCUCGGAGUGACCAGGUUGGAUAAAAUUAGAAAGGAGCUCAUCAGAGGGACAGCCGAGGUUCGAUGUUUUGGAGACAAAGUUAGAGAGCGCCGACUUCAAUGGUUUGGACACGUCCAGAGGAGAAAUAGUGAGUAUAUUGGUCGAAGGAUGAUGAGGAUGGAGCUGCCAGGCAAGAGAGCUAGAGGAAGACCAAAGAGAAGGUUGAUGGAUGUCGUGAGGGAAGACAUGAUGGCAGUUGGUGUUCGAGAGGAGGAUGGACUUACAUGGAAAAGGAUGAUGUGCUGUGGUGACCCCUAACGGGACAAGCCCAAAGGAAAAGAAGAAGAAGAAGAUUGUAUAUGUUUUCAAAAGUUUUUAAAUAUCUCAUUCCUAUUUUAUGUUGCAAUAAUAGUAAUUAAUUGUUUAGUGGCUAAUUUACCCAACUAGUUUUGAUUUGUUAGUAAGCCAAUGAAUGAUAGUUCAAACGAACAUGGCGUCUCAUAUUCUAGAUGCCAGCUUUAUUGGUCUCCUUGACAUUAUUGAGGAGCAUUUUUGUCUACUGAAAUUAAAUACAUCUUGUUUAAUUCUUGUUCUAAAAUGUAAUUAUUUAUUUGGGAUCUGACGCUGUUCUUUGACAUGCAGAGAAAGAAAUAACUGUUGUGUUAUCGCAUACACAUGCCUAAUAUAGAGUCAUCAAUGAUUCUGCAAAAGUUUCCUUAAAAAUGCAAGAUAUAUACUGUCAUUUUUUUUUUCCAGAAAUGUAAAAAAAAAAACAUUGCAUAAAAUGGCAUAAUUUUUAAUACGGUACAUCUAGAGUAAAAUGGAAUCAAUAUUGGUGUUCAUACUGCUCCUUUUGUUUGAGGAGAUUACUCCAGAUUUUUAUGAGUCUUGCAUCAAUAUUUUGGAUUGUUGAUGUCAAUAAUUUAAAUAAACUCCUUGUCACAGAACAUUGAGCUGUAUUAGCCCCAAGGAAUUAUUUAUUCCUCAUCAGUAUAUAGAUCCCAUUUCAGGAACACACAAAUGUUAGAAAAUUCCAUGUAAUACUGCACUUUGAUAAAAUACAUUAUCCAAAAUAUAGAUCACAAGUGGAUUGGACCACAUUGAUUAUUUCUCCUGUUGCUCUUGUUUCAUUGAAUUACAUUUGUGCUGUUUUCUAGGAGUGGGGAGCAGGUCCCACGUCAGUCUUGAGUUCAGUGCCAUGGUAUUACCAGUUACUGACAAAGACAAAGAUACUGCCGGGUGGUCAUUAAAAUCUCCUGCUGGGACCACCACAGUGGUCACAAGCCCCAAUAAAGAGGACAGCUCUCCAGACUCCAACCUAACGCUGGAAUCUGACUCCAGUGGCGUCUUUCUCUCGUUAUCCAAUCAGAGCCAGGAGGGGGAUGGCUCUGACAGCGACCAGCCAGUCAGUGGCUCCGACCUAGGCAGCAGCAACACAUCAUUGGAGAAGGACGGGGAUGAUGGAGGUUUAAAGGAAUGGGGCAGAGAGGAGAGUGCUGAACUCCAGUGGUGCUACCCCUCACUGCUCAGCACAACCCCUCAUGAAGACGUGGAAGGAAAUAAGGAAAGAGAGGGGGAUAUUUGUGGCUCAGCAGGGGGAGAGGAAAUUAGAGGGAAACAUGGGGAUGGAUGGAAAAAUGAAAAAGGAGGACUAUUUUCAACUUAUAAGUCCACACUGGACCAUACAGAAACAAGUCAGUGUGAAGCAAUGCCACCGAGAAGAAAAGUUACCAUAAUGGGAAAUGACCCCCUUCUUCCGCCAUCUCCCUUGAAGCAGACCAUCAAACAUCUUAUUGAUCCUUAUCAUAAGCCAAUUAGAAGCUCAGGACUGGACUGUGGUGACAUAGAUCCAUUUGCCCAACCAGAUAGCUUUGUAUAUCUUGCUGUGUCUGCAAGACCUGGCCAACAUGGAGAGAUCUCCACAGUUACAGAUUACUCAGCUCAUGACAUAAAGCAAGAGCGCAUGCGCCAACACUUUGACCACAGGAAACCACACUUGGAGCAGUCCAGCUUGGAACCGGAUGCCAGGCCAUCUCACCUUGCCCCCCGUAAACCAGAAGAAGGAGAUUUUUUGUGCACUGACAGCUUUGUAUACCUAGCUGCCCCAGCUUGCCUUCUCUUAGGCCCAGAAGGAUCUACGUCAUACAGUGGCAGGGAGUCAGACUCUGAAAGUUCUGGUUCUGACCCUGUGGAUGAGUCUGUUUUGGGUUGCGGUUCAGUGGGAGGUGACAGUGAUUGGGACUCGGAUCUGUCAGACUCGGGUGCCAGUCGCCCCUCAAGAGUUGCUGCUGCAGGGGGUAAAUCUGCUGGGUUAGCCAAAAGGCUGCCAGCAGAGCCUCGUUGGGACUCAUUUGGAGAAACCACACAACCUGAGGUGCCAGACGAGCCCUUCAUUGAACAAGACCAAGACAGCAAAGCAAGGAAGGGUCCUGUUGGAUCGGCAAACUUGGCCAAUGCACCUGCUGCAGCAACAGUGACGCCAAUGACCGCAGCUGAGCAGUCGUCAACAACCAAGGUUACUUGGCAGUUCAAACCAGCCCAGAGGUCCGUCUGCACUGGAAGCAGGAAAGAGAAGGAGAUUACAUCAUUAUCAUCAUCAUCAGGGGCAAGGAUAACUGCACUUGAUGGAGGUGAGGAGCAUCAGCCUCCCCCUUCGUCUUCAUCAUCCUUAUCAUCAUCGCCAUCAUCCUCCUCUUCUGGUUAAACCUGGGCCUUUGGGAGGAGCUUUCAUCGCCCAAGCUGAGUUGAAUCCAAAAAGGUAGAGAAGUUCUUCAACUUUCUCUGUAGAACUGAUGGCUUGAACAAUCACAGCCUUUUUUUUUGCCUGUAAUCUUUUCUUUUUAAUCGUUUUUACCAUUGCCUUCUUACGACUUUGCUAAAUAAAGCUGCAUAAAAGCUAACCAAAUGAGAUUACAAUACAGUAUGUGAUGAAUUCAAUCAAAAGACUAUGAGAGACUGUGAGGAAAUACAGCCAGUGAAGGUUUUUACUGAAAGAAAUGCACAGUGCUUUUGAAAAUUAAUAUCUAUGGAUACUUUCCAGAAUUCAGGGUUGGCCUAUUGCAUACAUUUUCACAAUAUUCUCUUUUUAUUAUGUUGAAUGUACUGUACAUACAGGAUUACAACAACAAUCCACUACAGAAUUAAUUCAAAACUAUAUAUAUAUAUAUAUAUAUAUAUAUAUAUAUAUAUAUAUAUAUAUAUAUAUAUAUAUAUAUAUAUAUAUAUAUAGAGCGUAAUAUUUAUCUUAGUAAAGAAUUUGGCAUUGUCCUUCACCAUUAAAUGGUAUGUGUGGGACUAUAAACAGAGAGAUAAUCCAACUAUGUAACAUGUUUUCGGCCUUUUUAUUUUUCUUUCCCUAAUGCUAAUUUACAGUAUAUGGAUGUAUUUAACUGACAAACCUUUAAGAACUGACGGAUGUCAAGCUAAAGUGUACAGUGUAUUUUAUAAGCACAUUUAACAUUGCAGUGUCUUUAACAGUGUGUGACCGAUAUAUUUUGAACAUUGAAAUUAGAGAAUUGUAUUCUAUAUAGUAUGUGGUACAGUAAAUAUACAGCCAUAGAACAUUCUGCAAGGAUUUGUUGACAUUUCCUUUAAAUGUUUUGAUUAGACUUGAAAAUGUGAAUGUAUUAAUAAUCGAGCAAUAUGCUUACAGUUCCAUGUUAUAUUUUAUGUGAAAAGUGUUGACUGAGUGAUUUGUGUAUACUGUAGUUUAUGAUAAGUUUAAUUUUCUUCCUAGACAGCCAGAUGCUAUUUAAGAAUGCAGUUUUAGCCUCCAGUUGAGGUAUUGCCUUUAUUACGAGAGCUAAUUUACUAGAUGAUGCCCGAAAUGAUGGAGAGUGUUUGUCUUAAAACGAUUGUAUUUGCUCAGACAUUGUCAAACUUGAUCAAUAUCCGUAUUACAAACUUUCUUGCCCAUCACUCUUGUAACACUCAAUGUAGUUUUUGAAAAGUUUUGCCUUUCACAUAAAUAUGACAGCAUUAACUGUAUCAGUAACUCCAAUAUAAAUAUUUAAAAAUGAAUUGAACAAAAUUUUGCCAUACUUGGAGAUGAGUGUCAUGUGAUCGGGUAUUGAUGAAUUAGCUUUGGGAGUCAGAAAGCUAACAGGCUUCUACAUUAUGGCUUUCAAAAGUCAAAUAUUUUUACUUUAAUUCUGGGUGUAUGUUUUGUUUUCUCUUUGGCUUUUUUUAUGGCAAAAAACAUACGUAUAUCUAGAGAAGCUUCUGAUCCAUCUUUUGAUGAUGAUAUAACCGCUGCUGGCGAUGGAAAACCCAGCAAGCCUUUCCCCGUUAACUCUGGUGUCAAACAAGGUUGUGUGAUCACACCCACACUCUUCUGGUUAAUGGGGCUGUUUCACAAGACCUCUCCUAAAUGAUAGCGUUGGCAUUCAGUAUUGCUUUGAUGGAAACUUCUUUCAUCUCCCUAUAUUUCAGGCUAAAACAAAAGUAUCGUUGAGCUCCAAUGUGAGGAUGACUCUUCUGCUCUGGAUUGGAUUACAGUAAAAUGGACCAUGGAUUGCAGACAACCGCUGAUGCCUUGUAAUUUUUAUUGUUGCUUAUCAGCUCAAAACAUCAUGUUCAAUAUAUGUGCUUGUUGUCAUGAUGCUUGUGCUGAUUGAAGUGAUAUUUAGCUUUCCUCUAACAAAGUCAGUGGGCAAAGUGCAGUUUGUAGCUGGAGUAAAUUUUUCAUGGACACUCACAGCGAAUGGAGAUUCACGUUUUCUGAAAAAGUCAAAAUAGCCAAUUGGAUUUUGGACAAAGUUUUUAAUCGGAAGAGUAGUAACAAUUGCUUGACGCAAUCAAGGGAGAGGACGAUGCUGCCAGAUUAAAUGUGACAAAGGCAUCUCUGAUGUGAAUCAGGUGGUUUUAUGAAAUGCGUGUUCAUGGGCUGAAAGAAAAAUCACUUACAAAGCAGGUGUAGUCAUUGAAUUUGAAAUUGUUAGAAUGGACUGGUAAUAUGAACUUUGAAGUUUUAUCUCUUAGGCGUCCAUUUAGGGCGACGCUAAAAUUUUAUUUUAAAAGUGAAUUUACUGUGGAGAUGCUACAUACCUUGCUUGAGGCUGACUUAUGGACUAUGUGUGCUUUUCUACUCUAAAUAAAACCGAUUAAUAAAGUA